AUGGUCAAUCCAAACAGAAAAGAUUGGUCUCUAUGCUUGAAUGAUGCAUUGUGGGCAUACAAAACUGCUUACAAAACACCCAUCGGGAUGUCUCCAUUCCUGUUGGUUUAUGGGAAAGAAUGUCACCUGGCAGUCGAGUUAGAGCAUCGUGCUUAUUGGGCUUUUAAAAAGCUCAAUUUUGACAUGAAGGCAGCUGAAGAUAGGCGUCGCUUGCAACUAAACAAGCUUGAAGAAUUAUGGCAUGAAGCCUAUGAGAAUGCAAAGUUAUAUAAAGAGCGGGCUAAAAGGUACCACGAUAAGAAGCUUGUGAGGAAGAAUUUUUCUGUUGGGCAGAAGGUGCUAGUGUACAAUUCUCGUUUGAAACUUUUUUCGGGAAAGCUCAAAUCAAAGUGGCAUGGCCCGUAUGUGAUACAAGUUGUGUUCCCUCAUGCUAGAACCUGCAUUAGACCAUCUGAAGUAAAUGCUAUCUUUUUAUUCCUUGAAAGUGAUGAAGGCAUUCCUUGA